CCGGCGCCGACGCCAGGCGCUGGCCGUGGUGCUGAUUCUGUCAGGCUCUGGCGGCGGUGGUGGCGGCAGUGGCCCCGCUCGCUCUGUCCGGCUGGACCCGGCUCUGCACCUCCCCAGCGCUCACGCCCCGCCGACCCUCGCGCCCUCCCGCCGCGGCCCCGGCCCGGGGCGCGGCUGCAACCAGCACCAUGCGCCCGGCAUCCCUGCUUCUCCUGCCCGCGCUGCUGGCGCUCCUGGCUCACGGACUCUCCUCGGAGGCCCCAACUGUGGGGGAAGGGCAAGUCCCAGGCAUCGAGGAGGCAAAUGGGGAGCUGACAGCAGCCCCCACACCUGAGCAGCCAGAACGAGGUGUCCACUUCGUCACAACGGCCCCCACCCUGAAGCUGCUCAACCACCACCCACUGCUUGAGGAAUUCCUACAAGAGGGGCUGGAGAGGGGAGAGGAGGCGCUGAGGCCAGCACUGCCCUUCCAGCCUGACCCACCUACAGCUUUCACGCCAAGUCCCCUCCCCCGCCUGGCCAACCAGGACAGCCGCCCUGUCUUCACCAGCCCGACUCCGGCCAUGGCUGCAGCUCCCACUCAGCCCCAGUCCAGGGAAGGACCCUGGAGCCUGGAGUCAGAGCCCCCUGCGCUUCAUAUCACAGCUCCCCUACCUCCAGGGCCCAGCCUGGCAGUGCCCACCCUGGGCCCAGGGGAGAGGCCCAGUUCUACACCCCCCAGCAGAGCCUGGACUCCAACCCAAGAGGGUCCCGGAGACCUGGGCAGGCCAUGGGCUCCAGAGGUUGUGUCCCAGACCACAGGGCUUGGGAUGGAGGGGAUCAUUGCCACCUCCACAGCUUCAGGGGACGACGAGGAGACCACCACCACCACCACCAUCGUCACCACCACCAUCACCACAGUCCGGCCACCAGGCCCUUGUAGCUGGAAUUUCUCAGGCCCAGAGGGCUCUCUGGACUCCCCCACGGCCCCCAGCUCACCUCUUGAUGUCGGCCUGGACUGUUUCUACUACAUCUCGGUCUACCCUGGCUAUGGCGUGGAAAUCAAGGUCCAGAACAUCAGCCUCCGGGAAGGGGAGACGGUGACCGUGGAGGGUCUGGGGGGGCCUGACCCACUGCCCCUGGCCAACCAGUCUUUCCUGCUUCGGGGCCAAGUCAUCCGCAGCCCCACCCACCAAGCGGCCCUGAGGUUCCAGAGUCUCCCACCACCUGCUGGGCCUGGCACCUUCCAUUUCCACUACCAAGCCUAUCUCCUGAGCUGCCACUUUCCCCGACGUCCAGCUUAUGGAGACGUGACUGUCACCAGCCUCCACCCAGGAGGCAGCGCCCGCUUCCACUGUGCCACUGGUUACCAGCUGAAGGGUGCCCGGCUCCUUACCUGUCUCAAUGCCACCCAGCCCUUCUGGGAUUCUCAGGAGCCUGUCUGCAUCGCUGCCUGUGGGGGAGUGAUCCGCAAUGCUACCACUGGCCGCAUUGUCUCUCCCGGCUUCCCGGGCAACUACAGCAACAACCUCACCUGCCACUGGCUGCUUGAGGCUCCUGAGGGCCAGCGGCUACACCUGCACUUUGAGAAGGUUUCCCUGGCAGAGGAUGAUGACAGGCUCAUCAUUCGCAACGGGGACAACGUGGAGGCCCCGCCAGUGUACGAUUCCUAUGAGGUGGAAUACCUGCCCAUCGAGGGCCUGCUCAGCUCUGGCAGACACUUCUUUGUGGAGCUCAGUACUGACAGCAGCGGGGCAGCGGCAGGCAUGGCCCUGCGCUAUGAAGCCUUCCAGCAGGGCCAUUGCUAUGAGCCUUUUGUCAAAUACGGCAACUUCAGCAGUAGCGCACCCUCCUACCCUGUGGGUACCACCGUGGAGUUCAGCUGUGACCCUGGCUACACCCUGGAGCAGGGUUCCAUCAUCAUUGAAUGUGUCGACCCCCACGAUCCCCAGUGGAACGAGACAGAGCCAGCUUGCCGAGCUGUGUGCAGUGGGGAGAUCACAGACUCAGCCGGCGUGGUGCUCUCCCCUAACUGGCCCGAGCCCUACGGCCGAGGGCAGGACUGCAUCUGGGGCGUACACGUGGAAGAGGACAAGCGCAUCAUGCUGGAUGUCCGAGUGCUGCGCAUCGGCCCUGGUGAUGUACUUACCUUCUACGAUGGGGAUGACCUCACAGCCCGGGUCCUGGGCCAGUACUCAGGGCCCCGUGGCCACUUCAAGCUCUUUACCUCCAUGGCUGAUGUUACCAUCCAGUUCCAGUCGGACCCUGGGACCUCAGUGCUGGGCUACCAGCAGGGCUUCGUCAUCCACUUCUUCGAGGUACCCCGCAAUGACACAUGUCCGGAGCUACCUGAGAUCCCCAAUGGCUGGAAGAGCCCAUCGCAGCCUGAGCUGGUGCAUGGCACUGUGGUCACUUACCAGUGCUACCCUGGCUACCAGGUGGUGGGAUCCAGUGUCCUCAUGUGCCAGUGGGACCUAACCUGGAGUGAGGACCUGCCCUCAUGCCAGAGGGUGACUUCCUGCCAUGACCCCGGAGACGUGGAGCACAGCCGACGCCUCGUAUCCAGUCCCAAGUUUCCCGUGGGGGCCACCGUGCAGUACAUCUGUGACCAGGGUUUUGUGCUGACGGGUAGCGCCAUCCUCACCUGCCAUGACCGCCAGGCCGGCAGCCCCAAGUGGAGUGACCGGGCCCCUAAAUGUCUCCUGGAACAGCUCAAGCCAUGCCAUGGCCUUAGUGCCCCUGAGAAUGGUGCCCGCAGUCCUGAGAAGCAGCUACACCCAGCAGGGGCCACUGUCCACUUCUCCUGUGCCCCUGGUUAUGUGUUAAAGGGCCAGGCCAGCAUCAAGUGUGUGCCUGGGCACCCCUCACAUUGGAGUGACCCCCCACCUAUCUGCAGAGCUGCCUCUCUGGAUGGGUUCUAUGGCAGCCGCAGCCUGGAUGUUGCCAAGGCACCUGAUGCUUCCAGCACCCUGGAUGCUGCCCACAUUGCAGCUGCCAUCUUCCUGCCACUGGUGGCAAUGGUGUUGUUGGUGGGAGGUGUGUACCUUUACUUCUCCAGAUUCCAGGGGAAAAGCUCCCUGCAGCUGCCCCGAACACGACCCCGCCCCUAUAGCCGCAUCACCGUAGAAUCAGCAUUUGACAAUCCAACUUACGAGACUGGAUCUCUUUCCUUUGCAGGAGAUGAGAGAAUAUGAAGUCUCCAUCUAGGUGGGGGCAGCCUAGGGAAGCCAACUUAGCCUUGCGUCACAGUCCAGCAGCAGGGCUCCCGGCUUCCUGCUGUCCCUCCACCUCCUGUACAUACCACCUGGGAGGAGACACCACCAAUCCCUCAAGAAGUUGUGCCCUUCCCCGCCUGCAAUGCCCACCACGGCCUAUUUUCUUGGUACCACUGCCCACUUAGGGCCCUUCCCUGGGCCCAAGUCAGUGGGCAUCUGCCUAUGGGCAGAACACAGCUGGAGCACAUAUAUCAACAGCCAGCAUUCUCCUGACCCUCCCCCAUGCCCUGGACUUCCAGCCUGGAAUUCACAGGCAGAGCAGAAGCACCUUUCUCCACAAGACCACCAUCCAGACCUGGCACGUAGCACCCCACAGCAGGGUUAACUUGGUGGAAACUGCACCAGGGUGCUCCCCACAAGGGCCAUCACUGCUCUCAAUGGUGACCUCUGGGUAGUCCUGGCAUGCCAACAUCACCCCCUCGGGGAGGUCUCUAGUCCUCUAAAGCCCCCGGAAUGGACAGUUCUGCCUCCUGCCUUGUUGCAGUGGAGGCAAUAAUUCUAAGGGAUCCUAUAGGGUUCAGGGACCCUACUCCAAGCUCAGGUUGGGCUUCCCUGGGCACUCAUGCUCCACACCAAAGCAGGACACCCCCAGCAGCCCUACACCCUGAGGAAAGGGAGACCUUCCUCUGAUGUUUAUCUGGCUGUUACAAACAUCCUCUUUCCCACUAGUCCCUCCUCUAAUCGCAGCCAUUUGCCAGGCUCCUCUUUCCUGGCCACUGUGUCAUGAGAUAAGGGGAUGGACAGGCACAUUCUGGAGAGGAGCAGAGGUCCAAGGACCCAGGAAUUCGGCAUGGAACAGACGGUCAGAGAGCCCCAGGCAGAGACCCAGGCGCUGGCUGAAGGCCACUUUUUACAUGUAAUGUAUUAUAUGGGGUCGGGGCUCCAGCCAGAGAACAAUCUUUUAUUUCUGUUGUUUCCUUAUUAAAAUGGUGUUUUUGAAAAAACCAA